UUGAAUCAGUUGUGACUUGACUUGAAUACGGAGAACACGUAAAAUAAAAAUUUUAAAUAACAAUUCGUUUCAAAGCACAAAAAAACAAUUCGUGUGUUAUUGUUUUCAAUAGUGUGAAUAGUGAAUUCCAGAUGGGCAGAUCGUUCACACGUAGCUGUGGAAUUUUUUGUGGCGUAAUGUUCAAGAACGCAAAAUUGUUGCUGGCAAAUAGGCAACUUAUCGGUUGCACCUACACACAAUUCACAGCUGCCGGCAGAAACGUGAACUGUCCUCAACGAGACUUCUUCACUUUUAGUGAUCUGACAAACAAGAAUCGGGAAUAUGCCAAAAAGGAGUUAAUUGGAUACUCGAUGCAAGAAAUGUAUGAUGUGGUCGCCGACGUAUCGAACUAUUAUAAGUUUGUGCCAUACGUGAAAAAAUCACUCGUACACAGUAAGCGUAAUGACGGCUUCAAGGCUGACUUAAUUGUCGGUUUCCCACCGCUGAAUGAAAGUUAUACAUCAAAUGUUUCGCUUCAAAAUCCUGUGCUGGUAAAAUCCGUAUGCACCGAUGGAAGAUUAUUCAAUUAUUUGCUUAACAAUUGGCGAUUUAGUCCCGGUCUGAAGGAUAUUCCACAAUCUUGUGUUGUCGAUUUCAAAGUAACUUUCGAAUUCAAAUCGCUGAUACACAGCAAUAUUGCAAAUAUUUUUUUCGAUUUAAUUUGCGAUCAAAUGGAGCAUGCUUUUGUGGCGGAAGCUGAACGACGACACGGACCACCUUCAAUUAAAUCGCAUAUAUUGUCAUGGCGAAGAUCUUGACCAAGACGCAAUGAAUAAGUUAAACAUAAAUAACUGCGUAUUCAAGUACUUUUGUGUGAUUGAUUAUUUUUAUUUAUAUAAUUUUAUUAUUAUAUUAUAUAUUAUUAUUAUUAUACAUUGCAAAAAUAGCAUUGUUAAACUUAUACAUACAUUUGUACAUAAGUGCAUACAUACAUAAGUAUAAUUUUACUUAUAGUUCACACGAGAUCACACUAUUUUGUACAAUAGCUUUACAUGGUAAUCAUAAGCAAACAAGAAAAAAAGCCUCACCGACUGUACCCAGAGCUGAGGUGUGUAUCUUUUUCAAACAAAAUUAUUCAAAGAUAAUAAAUUUAUUAAAUUAAUGGUUAAGUCUAUUGUAAAUAAACAUUUUAAAACAAGAAAUAAUAACCAAACUGUUACAGUUCCUUUUUGUGGUAUAAGAA